AUGAAGAUAGGAAGGAAGCAGAUGGACAGAAGAAACAACACAGCCGUGACCUACUUCAUUCUGGUGGGGCUCUCGGAGUACCCCAGAGCCCAAAUGCUCCUCUUCUGCCUGCUCCUGGCAUCCUACCUUGUCAUCCUGCUUGGGAACAGCCUCAUUCUGGUCUUGGUCCAGUUUGAUUCCAGGCUCCACACCCCCAUGUAUUUCUUCCUGAGCAACCUCUCAUUUCUGGACAUCUGCUUCACCUCGUCCAGCAUCCCUCAGAUGAUCAUCAAUUGUCUGGUCAGAAUGCCGGUCAUCUCUGCGGGCCAGUGCAUGGCCCAGAUGUGCACCCUCCUCUACCUGGGGGUCGUGGAAUGCCUCUUGUUGGCCGUCAUGGCCUACGACCGCUGCAUAGCGAUUAGCGACCCCUUGCGCUACCCAGUGAGGAUGAGCAACCAGUUCUGCGUCCAGCUGGCAGGACUCUCCUGGGUCUCGGCCUUUCUCUUCUCCAUCGUCCCCACUGUGGCCACGCCACUGGAGCUGUGUAGCCACGUCAUCAACCACUUCUUCUGCGAGGUCUUGGCCAUCAUGAAGCUUGCAUGCAGCGACCUGCAGCUGAAUGAACUGCUGAUGAUGGCCACCAGCUCCCUGACCCUCCUGGCCCCCUUCGUCUUCAUCCUGGCCUCCUACGGGCGCAUCCUCGGGGCCGUGCUGAAGAUGCGCUCCACCGAGGGCAGGAAGAAGGCUUUCUCCACCUGUAGUUCCCACCUCACUGUGGUGGUCCUCUUCUAUGGCACAGCCAUCGCCAUGUACAUGAUGCCGCAGGACAAGACCAGCCGGGAGCAGGAUAAGCUCGCCUCCCUUUUAUAUGGUGUUGUGACGCCUAUGCUCAAUCCCCUCAUCUACAGCCUCCGGAACAAAGAUGUGAAGGAGGCCCUGAGAAAGCUCCUAGGAGAGAAGAAGGUCCCCUAA